UGUACUUUAGGGCGUAUAGUGGCAGAGGGGCUAUUUCUCUUCUUUUAACACUCACAUGGCUUCCAUUCAGAAUUGGUACACUGAGCAAAUCUUUUAAAUGCAGUCCACAUGCCUGUGACUAAGCUUUUUCCCCACAAUCCAACAAGAAACGAAAAUACCAUCCAUGUCAGUCAGGAUUCAGAGGUAAUUUACAGGUACUGUCCUUCCUUGUGGGUUAAAACUCCAUAAUUACAUCAAACCCACACCGAAAGUGUCUGAAACAGAAAGAGUCCCACUCCACCAAACCAGAUUAUUUUAACAGAUCACUGAGCGGCGGUCUAUCCGAGGGCGAUUGUGCUUGAGCUUACUGCUCUGCACAAUUUUCAUCACUGUUACGACACGUAAUGAACAUGUGUGAUUGUGCAGGGCGUAAACGACGGCCGUCUGCCAUGAACGGUAAAGGCGUGAAAUUAAUGGUGUGCAGGACGGUUCAGAUUUUAUUUUAAAGCAGUUUGGAAAUGACGUCUUUUGUAAUCCGGUAUGGUCCUACAUUCCACUUAUUCAUGGUACCUACGAUCGGCGUGUGUUUAUUUUUGCAAAACCGACAUGGCCGUGUCAGCAAGCUCAUUUGUCACGUAUGUAGUGGAUUCUGCACAGAGCUUGCCGUGAAAUUGGGGUUUAAUGGCGUCGUGGUUUUUCUUCUCCGUCGGCGUGAUUUCACAACGGCCAUGCGAAUCGUCAUCGGGUGUGGUGAUGGAGCACACUUGUCGCAUGGCGUAAAUAAAAUUGCCAGAAAGACAAAGUGGAAUUCGUACCAUUCCACCACAAUUCUCGGAUACGGCGAAGCGCCAUGCCUGCCUUUUGCCCCAAAUUUUUUUCCCCCCUUUUUAAAGAGAUCGUAUUCGCAAACUGUUUCCGCAUCUUGCUCGUCUCCACUUUGUAGCCAUUACAGUAGUUAAGCCCCGAAAUCUUUGCUUGUUUCCUUUUCAUGUCCACCAAAUUCUCGCGCACUUUUUGCCUUACCUGCAGCUAGGGUUUCUUUUAAAAGCCCUCGCAACGCUUUUCUCCUCAUUCUUAUUACAGUUGCAGUCAGCAAGAAAUUUGUGGUGAUUUUUUAGGUUUUUUCUUUUUUUAUGGAGCUUCCUGAAGAGUGUUGCCGCAAGCGCGAAAGGGCGAACGGGGAGAUGGAGAUGAAUGACAUGACGCUUGCGAAGCGCCAUUACAGUGAAUGUAGCUCUGAGAGCGAGGGUUUCUCUGAGUUGUUGUGCAAGGAUGACGAGGACAGCUUUCUUGCAGAAGAUUUUGUGGAUGCAAAUCUUGUUUCAGACAUAAUGAAGAGCCUUGCUGAUGAGAUCAUGUCCAGUGAGCAGCCUUGCAGCUUCGGCUCUGCCGUUGCCGAGGACUGCAACAGUAAAUCUGUGUCCAAUGUUGAUAUUGAGUACCUUCUUGGCGCUACUGAUGACGAGCUUGGCAUUCCUCCGAGCCCUAAUACUGAAUGUCAAGUUUGUAAUGCGGCUGAGAAUCCUGUGGCUGAUCUUUUGGACAACUUGAGGGCGGAAUCCAUUGGCGAAGAACCUUUUCACCUUUGCAGUUCGGAUUGCUGGUGCGCUCUCGAGGAGCAGGACGAAACCUCCUGUCCUGAGUGGCUUGUGGCAUCCUUGAACGCCGAGUCUUCUUCUUCAGCGGUGGAUCAGGAGACUCUGCCAUUGUUGGAAGCAGGCGCCGUAAUGUAGAAACCCCAUUUUUGGGGGUCUACCACGUGGAAGAAUUUUGCAUUUUCCCUGGAAUCGAAUUGUAAAUGUUGCGCAAAUGUGGUUGAAAUAUAAAUGUACAGUACAUACAGAAAUUAAGCGAACCUGUGAUAUUCUGUCGCGUAGAACGGGUCAGAGGUGCAGUCUGGUUUCUACUUGUAUUUCAAAAAAAUUCAAAACCAAGGAUCUGCAAGUUUGACUAUUAUGCUUUUAAGAAAUUUAAAUUAUAUUUUCAGGGUUGUGCAUACCUAUAUUAGAUCCGGCUAUUUUCCGUUUUUUUUUUGGUUUUAUUAGUAUUAAAAGGAUGGCUUAUGAGGAUUGGGAUGGUGAAAAUAUGACUUAAAUCAAAUUUGACAGACAUUGUAUUUUUGAGGAGAGAUUAGUUGAGUUCCUUUCUUUUCGAUAAUAACUACUACACAUUGUGAAAUGGUUUCACAUUUAGACAUUGUGAAGUUCGGGAUGGUUAAAAAUAUCAUUAAUUUUUGUGUGGUGAUUAGAA